AAGUUCAGACGAAUGUUUGUAUGGAUACCGUGGUAGUUUAUGUUACUUCCGACAAUGUUUUACACAUUUAUGAAUUUGCAUUUUUGUUUAUGUAAUUAUCAUGUCUAAAAAGGUUAACAAACCAUUGAAAUCAACUAAAAAGAAAGAUCCAGAUGGCCAGUGGAUAAAUGAUGAUGUUAAAGUAAACACAGGUCUUCCACCUCAAGUAGAUGGCCAGAUAAGAUGUUUUUGUAAAGUUAGUGUGUCACAGGUCAUUUGGACAAUAACAAAACCUCCACAGUCGACACUUGUAAGAAUCAGAUGGUGGGGGGAGCAAGGAGAUGGUUCAAUUUUUAGGCCUUUAGAUGUUAAAAAGGGGACCAAAUCAGAAUGUAAGACUACAGCCAGGUACCCUGUGCGCUCAGGGCCACAUCAAUUUGCCACAUACCUAGCAGACAUGGGCAAGCUGUCACUGGAUGUACUGACUAGCCCAAACUCAGAGGUUAUUGGCCAGGCCAAUGUGACAGAGAUUGUGCAGUUAUCCAAUACAAGGCCAAUCAAUGGAUUUUUCCCUGUGAUAUCGCCAUCAGGACAGAAACUGGCUAAUGUGCAAGUGGCUGUUGUACUUGAACCUUUGAUGGAUUCAUAUGACCAGAAGGGUUCCACCCCAACGACAGACACAGGGCUAAAUGUCCUAAAGAAAACCCAUGACUCUAUGACCCACCAAACCAUCCACCCAGAGGCCCACACAGACAUGCCAGCCAGACCUGAUAACACCAUCUUCAUCUCUCCUACUCAUAACAAAGAGAGUCAGUCAGACCCCAGAGCUGUGUCCAAAACUUACCAUACAGAUGAUCUACGUCAGAGACUUAACUAUGCAACUCCAGCAGCACCUGUAGCCUCAAACCAAAAAGACAUACUUUCUGUUUUGGUUGAUAAAGGAACUAAACUGAGGGAAGCAAUGAUUGUAUCUUCUAUGCACACAGACCUAAGCUCUGACCAUAUUUCACUCCCAUUUACUUCUAAAAGCCAAGAAGCUGCAGCAAGCUCACAUGUGGUACCAGUAGCCACCAUAGGAGACGAUGCACCAAGAUCAGCUGUUGAUUUACUCAUGGCUUCACCAAUAAGAAACCACGAUUUACAGCUGUAUAAUUUAAUGAAUGGGCUGAGCCCUGGAACAAGCUUGUCUUCUGAUGCUGGCUAUGACCAGAUGAUGAGUGAACCUGAGGACCCACUGCAUGAGAACUCUAUACUUCAAGAUCUCUUCUAUUACAACUCGGAUAAUGAUGGGUUUGGUUUGAGUGAUGUAAGCAGCUAUGACCAUAGACACUAUCCUCACACACCAGAGCAUGCUUACACCUCUCUGCCUUCUAAAUCCAAACUACAGCAGCUGGAUGACCCUGGGAAUCAGCGACCACCAUCCAGAGCAUCUUCACUCACAAGCUUAAACCUGGUAUCCCAAGACGAUGACGUGAACAGAAAGAAAAAAACAAAAAGGAAAGCAAGGUCUCGAUCUAGGUCCAGCUCCCAGUCCCGGUCUCGCUCAAACUCUCGGACAAGAUCAAAUUCUCUCAACAGAACGCUGAAGGCAUCCACAGAAACUAAUCCUCAAAGUUCUAAUUCUCAAGUGACAAAUAAACCAAAGAAAAAAUUAAGGUCUCGCUCAAGGUCAAAUUCUCGUUCACGGUCAAGGUCUCAGAAAAGGAGAAACAGCAUGGAAGAGGCUAGCGACAGUGAUAAAAUUAGUGUGGCGCAGUCUGAAACAUCGAGAGUGUCUUUUGACCCUGUUCAGACUGAUAUGAGAAAUCCAAAACAAGAGGGCUUGAGUGUAGAGAGGCUCACCUUGCUGGGUAGAGUCCACGUUGCAAGAGUCAACGUUGACAGCCUGCAGCUGGUUAAACCAGACCUUCUCGACACAUCCGAUUCAAAACUUUCUGUCAGUAAACUCAAGACAGGGAGACCCCCAGUGCCAAAAAAAUCUAAGAAAGCUUGUACCUACUUUGUGGAGUAUCAAUUCCCUGUUGUGGCUGCCUCUAGAGACAAAUAUUCCCCUAGUGCUAUGGCAACUGAGGUGACAAGAAUUGCCUCCAAGAAUGUCAAAAAUGGAGCUGUUGUGUUCAACACUAGAUCAGUUUUUCCUAUCAUGUUUGAUGGUGUUGCUGUAGAGAGAUGGUGGAAAUCUGCUCUAGUGUUCAGACUGUACAGCAAAGAGCCAGGGGAACACACUGCUACACUGAUUGGAAGUGGAGGUAUAUCUCUCAAGUCAAUUUUAAGGUCAGAAAAUCUGUUUGUCCAGCGUGAUAUAGAGAUUCCUGACACAACCAAAAAUGGACUGAACACUUCCAGGACUUCUUCAUUAAACAGCUCACUAAACAACAGAAACAAUGCUCACUUGUUUGGCCAUUUGAAGAUAUCAGUAGAGCUUGCGUCUGACCAUAAAGAAUUUGCCACAGUACUGGCAAGAACAAAACUGGCAGAGAUGAGUGGAAACGUGAAGAUAGUGCCCAUUGUUGGCCCUAACCCUGAGCUGGCCAAGUUGGCCGAGCAGUUGAGUAGGAACAAAGAUCAACCGGUCAUCAAGUCUCCCACUAAGAGAAUUGAUUUUUCUUUCACCUUGUUAGACAUCCCUGCUGUUGCUGAGUCAACAACCUCAAAUGUUCUAGCUGGCCUACCACCCCAGUCACCUCGCAGGAAGCCUCAGGCUGAGGAUGAAGGAGAUGAAAUAUCCAGGCUCAAACAGCAGCUGAAAAACACAUUGGCAGUGCUAAACACAGCCAACACACAACAUGGCAGCAUAGCACAGAUGGACUCUGGUGCCCUGGUCUUAAGAGGGCAACCAGACCUAGUGGGCAUGACACUUCACACUUUGCUGUACAUUCAAGAAGGGAGACAACUCUCAAUAACUGGUGUUCCACCACUCCACAUGGCCCAGAAGUAUCCUGCCUUGGUGAAGCCACCAGUAGAAGGACGAGAUGCAGUGGUUCGCAACACCUAUCUAGUAUGCAGGAUGUUUUGGUGCAACGAUUCUGUCCAUUCCAAUGUUUGUUGGGGGACCCUCAACCCAGAGUACAACUUUUUACAGGUAGCACCAGUUAUAAUGACACCACAACUUCUUGAGAGACUCAGGGACAACUACAUGAUAGUGGAGGUUUGGGAUAAAAAAGUUGCUUCAGAAAAUGACAAGCUGAUUGGUAUUGUUAAGUUGAGUCUCCAUCAGUUCUACAUGUCAUUUAGAGAAAGAAAAAUUGCCAAUGCUUUACUCAAGUCAGAAUAUCCUGUAAUGGCAUUAGACAACUACAUGCCCAUAGUUGAUCCAUUUUCUGGUCUUCAUUUUGGUCAGUUGAAAGUUGUGUUAGCUAUGGGAUCAGAACCACAGGUUGCCACCCUACAAAGACUAGUGAUAGACUCCAGUGGCAUGGAUCAAGUCCCACAGAAACCUCUGGCUUAUCUAGAGAGACAGGACUUGCUCAAUGGAGUUUCUGUGAACCCAUCAGCCAGAGCAGUGGAGCAUCAAUUUGAAAUCAAUAUUGAAGGACUCAAGGGACUUAAGCUGUUUGAGAAAAUGAUGUGGGGAGAGGCAGAUUGUUUUGUGCAGUAUUUCUUUCCCUCACAAGGAGAGGAGAGGGAGGAGGGGGUGACCACUGUUAAAUCCCUUCCCACAAUGAAAUGUUUCCGUACAGCCACCACUCUGUGUAUACCUGACCCAACAUUCCAUGACACAUCUAGGCACAAGUUGAUAUUACCUUUUGGAACUCCUGUGCAAAGAGAGCUACUCACAGCUUGUGCCAACUCAGGUGGAGGUGUUAGUGGUCUACCAUUUGAGGUUUGGUGUAGAUACUAUCAUCCCAAUGUUCGAGAUCAGCUGAUUGCUAAAUCCUCUCUCCCAUUGGCUAAACUGUGUGCCAUGAUAACCAUGCACAAAAAAGGAGAAUCCUGCAUACAGUCGUAUUCUUUACGGCUCUCCCAGGUUGGAGCUGAUGGUCAGCAGGACAGUGUUGAGGCUGUAGCUAAGUCAAAAGAUGUGGGUGUGUUGGAGGUGACUGUCAACUACAAAUCUCUUCCUGCCCAGUGUGAGACAGCAAGUAGUGCUCAAAAAAGUUAUGACGGUUCGCAGGUGUGCUUGUCCGUUGGCAUUAUCAGAGCAUCUGGACUCAAGGCUGCAGCAGAUGCCAUCGCUCACUUAGAUUCCUCCAUGGCUUACCCUGCUGAUGUUGGGGUGAACGCUUAUGUUAGGAUUAAAAUUUCAUUUUUGGGAAAAGAGAAUGAAAGAAUGACAAAAACUGUUGCCAGAAGUUUUUCUCCAGAGUUCACCCACUACAUAGACUUCCCCUGCCCACUGCUCAUGUCCAAUGUCCAUUCAACUGAUGCCACAAGCUUGGCAGAACUGUUGGAGUCAGGCGAGGCUGAGUUUGAAGUCUGGCAUCAGAUUCCCACAGGUCUAAAUAAAGAUUUCCAGAUGGAGAAAAGUGGGUCAGCGGGUCGCAGAUUGACCCAGCACACAGGUGAUGUUCUCCUGGGGACCGCCAUUGUUCCUCUUGUCUCACUCCUGACCAGAAGAACAGGUAUAUCUGGGUGGUUUGCUGUCAAUCUUCCCUCAAUGGGGUGGACAAAACCAGUUGAUGGUGGGGAUGCUCAUACCACUACAGCUUUAGACCAAGUGGCUGGAGGCCUGGAGUUGUCCAUCAGAUUCCCCACCCAGGAAGACAGAGACCGUGUUGUCAGCGCUGCUAGAAGUGUGGGCUGGGGGCCGAUAGAUUUAGAUGUUGAGCAGCCUGAUUGGCAGGAUGAGGGUAAGUCCCACCACAAUGUACACAAUAUCACUGUGAGUGUGGAUCAGGUCACAUUCCCAGUCACCUGUGCUCUAUUGGUUGGUCAGACUGAACUUGACCCCACAGCCAGGUGUUAUGUGAGGUACAAGUUUUAUGAUAAAGGUGCUGUAGCCUCCAAAGGUAGAAAGAUUCACCUGUCUGACACUGGGAGCCUGCUGUGUUCAUUGAGUCACAAGCAGAGUUUUGUGUUGUCCCACACUGCACCCUUACAGUGGUAUUUGAGAGAAGAGAGGCUGGAGAUACAGACCUGGGUGACGUAUGGUAGAGGGACUGAAGGUGAACGUAGGCCCAGACAGAGGGAUAAGCUGAUUGGCAGCUGUUACAUAGACCUGGAGUCAUUGACUGACACUAGAAGAGGACAGCAGAGAAUCAGUGGCCUGUUUCCCCUCUUCAAACCUGGCUCAAACAGUCUGAAGGCAGCUUUCAUCAGGGCCCACAUUACCUCACGCAUCAACACUAGUGCUAGACAUCUGACAUCCGAGGAAAAGAAGAUGAACACAGACCUGGAUGUGAGCCAGUCAGAGACUGACCAGUCAGUGAGUGCAGAUGACUGGACAGAAGGCUUCAGCUUCAACAAGACACCAAAGAAAGGGAAAACAAAGUCAGAUGGUGCCAACCCUGACACCAGUUUUGGUGUGCUACUGGCUGUUGAGCGGGCCAUGCAUUUACCUAUGGUGUCUGAGAGAAACAGAUCAGGAGAAAUCUGCCCAUCAACGUAUGUAUCAUAUCAGAGUGCUGAAAGGUCAAAGCCCUCCUGCAGCUCCAUCUUCCCCAACUCAACCAACCCUGUGUGGGACUACGUGGUGGAGACUAGGCUCAGUACAGAGUACCUGUACAAGUUAAACAAGAACUUGAUAUUAAAAGUGUGGCACAAGCCGUCUGAUGCUUCAAAAACUCCAGAUAAAUCAAGUGAUCGUGUUCUUGGAUUUGUGUCAGUGGACUUAUCUUCCCUUGCUAAAGGACUACACCAAAUAUGUGGCUGGUAUAACAUCAUAGACUUCAAUGGGCAGUGUAAAGGUCAGAUAAAGGUCAGCAUAACUCCACAAGAUCUACAACACAGUGAGAGGAUAUCUAGCUCUUCCAGCACCAGCUUGUUGCUCCCAAACUUUGGGUUCAACAGUCUGAGCUUGUCCACCAACACCAACGCUGUGGCCUCCAGGAUUGUUGAACAGCUCCACAGCCUACAGCAACAUGUCAUCCAAAAGAUGGGCAUCUUGACCAACCAGGACUCAGGCAUUAAUGCUACGUUGGAAACUGAAUCCAGAGAAGAUUCAGUCAGUCAAGGGAGCCCCGCUCUGGGAAAUACAUCAGCCUCACUACACUGGAGACCCAAUUUUACAUCACAGCCCAGAACAGAAGACCCAUCUAAAUCUUUCCUCUAUUCAUCCUUGAGACGCCAGCUGCAAGACUUAGAUACCAUGACCCAAAGCUUCAAGACGCGACUGUCUGUCCAACAUCAGGCGCUGGAUGCAGGCGAGCAGCCGUGGAACACUGCCACAUCUGGUGAGAUUUUGACUGGCACACAGUCUGACUUGAGCUCCAUCCACACAGCCUCCUCCCUCUUCAACACCCAGGACUCCCCUCUCAACGUUGCCACAUCACAAGAGUCCACUAAGAGUCACAACAUGAACCAUGACUCUCCUGUGAUGCCCAACUUCUCAGAAGUUGCAUCCUCGCAGGAGUCCACAAAGAGUCACAACAUGAACCACGACUCAUCCGUAGAGAACGUGCACCAGGCUGUGAAAGACGGAGAUAAAAAGGAGAAAAAAGGCCGGAAACUCUUAGACUCUGGAAUUUAUUCCGCUAGAAACUUAUCAGAAAAAUCUGUCGAAGAAGCCCCGGACAGCCAGCGCAGUGAUAAAAACAUUUUAGCCGUAACGAGCGACACCAUGUCAACAUUUAGGUCUGGUUACGCUGAUUCCCUGCCACAGGCCACCUCCACUAUUGGCACAUUAGAGGGCGGGUUCCUGGCCGUGGCCGCCAGCAAAACCCAGACUCUCCUGCCCACCAUUGACAACUCAGAGAGCUCAGGCAACAGCCACGGCUUUACCCCAGGCACACAGAGGAGUAACGCCACGGAGAGCUUCUCAUUUAAAGGGAAACCAGGAUCAAAACCAGCCAGUGCCGUGGGAAGUCAGUCAGACUCCAAGCCCAGCCAAAGUGGUAGCGGGUCAGCAAGGUCAGACUCUAGACACAGCGGUAGCGCAACAGCAAGGUCAGACAGCAAACAUAGCGGUAGCGGAACAGCAAGGUCAGAUUCAAGACACAGUGGUAGCGCAACAGCAAGGUCAGACAGCAAACAUCAGGAGCAUGUUGAAGAGGAUGAGGAUGUGGAUGGAAGGUAUGGCAGCUAUCAUCAGUACAGGGAGUUGCUGGAUGAAGCAGAAGAUGAAAGUCAGGAGGGAAGUGAUGAUGAUGUAGAGGAGGUGAAAAUCAUCCCCAGGAGCUUAAACAACAUUUCUACUGUUCUAGCUCUGGGAGCUAACCCUGCUGAUGGUGCCACUAUUGGUGGGAGUGUUGUAAGGCAUAACAGUGACUUAGACCAGCCUCUAGCUUCUCUACAGAAUUUAGCCCUGUCUCCAGCUUCCCCCAGUGCUAAUGCCCACGAAGGGACUAGCAUCUGGUGCUCUGAUGACAACGAUGACAGUUUUUUCGAGCACGUGUUUGAGAAAAACAAACAGUUUGUCACGGAGGAUGAUGUGGGGGACAUGGACAGCUUGCUGAAGGAUGAACUGGAGCACCAUGGCAAUGAGAGGCUGGAGAAAUGGCUGAAGGCUCAGAAGAAAAUGGCGCCAGGGUCAAAGGUUGAGGGUGAUGAGGGCACAGAGGAGCAGCAGAACAAGCAGGAUGUUGAGAGCCUGGCCAGUGAUGAGGGGAGACAAGCAGAUCCUGGUCAGUUGUUUGAUGAGGACAUGAGGCUGCAGCUGGACAACUGUUCCGAACAUGAACAGGGGGAGGAAACCCAUCGAGGGAUCACUGUCUGGAAUCAGAACGCCGGCUAUUCCAGUGAUGAGGACACCUCCCGGAACAUGUGGACCAAAAAACAUUCAGUGGAAGAUUUCUUCGAUGUGGCUGACGUGGAAUUUGCCAGCAACACUGUCAGAACACAAACUAAGAACACUGAGUUUGACGAGCAUGAUAUAGAGCCUGAGUUUCAGCUUGAUUUUGAUCAUGACAAGGUUUCAGAGCUUCCCACUCCUAAAAGCCUCCUGUCUAAAGUUGAACUGCUGGACACCUUAACGUCAACAGGGCAGAAUAAAAUUUCUCUCGAAGCCUCCUCGUCCCUCAAAUCAACAUCUGCACCACAGACGCUCCAGUCUACUUUCAGUGAGAUUUCAUCCCUGGCUUCAAACCAAAGACUGGAAUAUCCUUACACCCUGGAGCUGCCAGCCCAACAGACUGGGGAGGGUGCUAGGCCUAAGCUUCGACAUCUCCUGUCCAAUGUGGACCUGGAAUCCGAGUCCUCAACACAGAGGCCUAACUCUGGCAGCAGUAAAAAAUCUCUCAGCUCUCACACCGCCUCCAAAACAAGCUCCAUCAAAUCUGUCAGCAGUUCCAGCAAAGCCUCUGGUCAAUCAGCUGACGUGAAGCAGCAUUCAGGAUCUUCUACCUCAGCAUUACAGGACACAUCAAAACCUUUCAACACACACAACCCCUUACACACAGCCAAGAUGAAUGUCAACAACAGCGCAGGCCAUGACAAGGAUAGUACAGUUGACUCGGCCUAUAAUGAGGGAGAGAGUGAUGGACACAGCACUCACCCCAGCAGCAUCCUGGUCACCAACGGAGUUCACAGGUCAACUGAUGAUGGGAACGAGGACAGUGGCGUUGACCAGCCUAAAGAGUCCAUCUAUGAGCUGGAUUCUUUCCCAAACUUUUUCAUGCCAGCAGAAGAUAUGCAAGCCUCUCUUCGUGCCAUACAGCUAGCAACUGCUGCAGCUUCUAGUAUCACAAAAGAUGAUUUGCGAGCUGAAAGAAAGGUGGAGGCUGUGUCCCAGCUAGUCAACAAAAUAACAGCCUCUAAGGUCAAGGUAACUCCUUUGUCCCUCAAGAACAAGCUACCCCCUUCAGCUGAAGAAUCAAAAAGGAUUGCCAAAAUAUUCUCUUCCAAAAUUUCUUGAGUAACCUACUCAAAAUUCAGGAAUAAUUCAGCUUUUUAUUUUUAGUUUUAUUAUUUUUACUGUAAAAUUCUGGGCAUGUAAGCUAUAUUUUGCAAAACUAAUCUAUUUAAUAAAUAUACUCAAAUCUAAGUGCUCAGUCCACUAGAACAAAUAACUUUAAUAAUGUAUUUUUCUACAGAUUUGUAAUUGGUGCUUUUCUAUCUGUUAUUUUUACUCAAACUUAACAUUCCUAUUUAAGCCACAUUGCCAAAGCAGCAUAAUUUAGUAGUUUGGUAACAUUAUCUCUAUGGUGUUUUUGUUUGGUGAUUUUAGAUGGCUUUGUUUAAGGGUGUUUCAAAUAAAAGCAAGUAGCAAUAGUUUAUAACUUAUUGGCUUUUAAAGAUUUUUUGAGAAACUUUGAGUUAGAUUCUUAAAUUAUUUUUACAUUUUGUAUCUUCUUCACCAAAGUGCCUAUAAAGUUUGAAAUAUUCAUAUUUUUUUUCUAUCUUACCUCUUAGUGUUAGCUUUAGAUUGUUUCAUUGCUUCAACAUUCCAACUUUUUCAUUCAAGGAACUAUUCAGGUGCUAAAAAUCUUCUUGUACAGGGUCCAGUGUUUUUAAUAUUUUUUAUUGUCUUGUUCAGAUAGACCAGGUUUCCCGUGCCAAAUGUCAUUUCUAUCUAAACUGUCAGUCCAUUGUAAACAUGUUAGCACCAUUGAAAUUGUUUAUAGAUUAAUGUGUGAAAAAAAAAAAGUCUAGCUGAAGUGAGUUUCCUAUAUUUUUAGGAAUCUUAACAUUAUUUGAUAAAACUCAGUUGAAGGUUAUGCUGACAAUUUUUGUAUGGAGAGGACCGUACAUUUAAGAUUUGUUAUUUGGUCAUUCACUGUCAGUCUACUUUGCUUGAUGUAAUUAACAUUGUGUUGAUUGUGGUUUCGUUUUUCUAAUUUCCAUUUGUCUGUAAAAAAAAAUGUAAUAAUUUUCUAAUGAAGCUCAUCUGUGAUAUAAAGUUGUUUCUCACAUUUUGCCAAAAUCCACUUUGUUCGUGUUGUAGAACAAAUGACUUCAGUUUGUCAAAAUUUUGGAAAACUGCAAUUUUUAAUCAGUUAAAAUAAAAUUGUUUUUUAAAAAAAAAUUAUUAACGCCUCUAAAGUAAAUUAAAAUGAUUUUUUUCUGGAGUAGUCUAUUUUUAUUAAAAAAAAAAUGUAUUGUAUAUAUUGUUUAUACUACUUUAAUUUAUAAUUUAUUUACUGUAAGUUUGUACUAUGUAAAAGUGCAUGAUAUAAAUUUCAAUCUCCUUGAACCUUUAGACAUCUUGUAAUUCUUUUAAACUGAUCACCAGUUAAUAGAACUGAUCAAUAUUUAACUAAUGAAAUCAUAAGUACACAAAAUCAAUGAAGUUGCCAUUUACACUUCUAAAAUAUAUUACCUUCUGGUUUUGUACCCAACAAGUUAUCUAAAAUUCAAAUUUUAUAAAGGUAAAAGCAUGGCAUUACGUUAAAAUAAAAACACUUAUCCUUUAUAACAUUGCUUAUGUAGCAUAUUUUUCUCUUAACAAAUGGAGUUGUGUUUCCUUUACCUGACUGGGACUAUUAUAUUUCUUAAUAUUAAAACUUGAUCGAAUACAUUUUUUUUUAGAUUAAACAUACACUUUAA